AUGGGUACCACAACAAGUUAUCCCACUCAUCAAAACCAAACGAUCGGAAAGAGUCGCACAAUUAUAAUGAAUGGGGCUACUGAAAAAGCAGGUAAUAGUCAAGGCAGUGAGCCGCAAGAGAUGGAUGCGGUAAGCAAGAAAGUUACUGAGCUAAGCUUGAAUGGCUCUUCAUGUUCGAAAGACGUGGAAAAGCUACCAGGGGAAGGGUCUAUGACAAAGAAGAAAUCCACGUUGCUAUUGCGUGAAGAGGACGAACCCGCUAUGCCAGAGCUAUCUGUAGUGGAAACAGCGAUGGACACUGAAUCGGAGUCUUCCUCUACUAGCGAUAAUGAAAGCGGAGAUAUCGUUGCCCAAACGACAGGAUCCAGACAAGAUACUAGUGCUGGUGUUGACCCAUCGACCCCUUACUCGCCGGCGCGGAAAGGUCGGCAGCAAAUGGAUAGCAAAGAACGGUUGGAAGGCUCCACUGAAAUCAAGAGCUCAUUAAUGGUGCCUGUGGAGAUAAAGUGGCAGCAAGGUGGUUCGAAGGUUUACGUGACAGGUUCGUUUACCAAAUGGAGGAAAAUGAUUGGUUUGAUACCUGAUUCUAAACACAGCGGGGCUUUUCAUGUUAAACUAAGGCUGCUUCCAGGUACACACAGGUUCAGAUUUGUAGUGGAUAAUGAGCUUAGAGUCAGCGACUUCUUGCCUACGGCUACGGAUCAGAUGGGAAACUUUGUUAAUUACAUUGAAGUCAGGGAGCCAGAAAAAAAAGCAACAGACGGAAAAAGAAAGUCUAAGAAAGAGUAUUCCAUACAAGCCCCCACCAGCGAUCGAUCGUCCAUUGCCUUGCAAAUUGGUAAGGAUCCAGACGACUUUGGUGACGGAUAUACAAGGUUUCAUGAAGAUUUCUCCCCCAGACCUCCCCAGGAAUACACUGCUGACAUUCCUGCUGUGUUUUCUGACCCAUCCGUAAUGGAACGGUACUAUUACACUCUGGACCGAGAGCAAAAUCACAACGAUACCUCAUGGUUAACACCGCCCCUAUUACCUCCUCAAUUGGAGAAUGUCAUCUUGAAUAAAUACUAUAUGACACAGGACCAAUUCAACGAAAACAACUCGGGGGCUUUGCCCAUUCCAAACCAUGUGGUGCUGAACCAUCUGAUUACCAGUAGUAUUAAACAUAAUACCCUUUGCGUAGCUUCCAUCGUUCGAUACAAACAGAAAUACGUGACGCAAAUCCUUUAUGCGCCCAUAGAGUCCUCGUAA